UCUGUUUUCACUCUUUUACAUAAAUAAAAAUAAAUAAAAAGUAUCCUAGGAAAGUAGAUGUCGUGUCGAAUAUUCAUUUGAUUCACCAUGAGAUCAUUCACGACCAUUUCAUCCUUAUUCGGUAUGACAAAAAGUUCCAUUUGCUUCACUAGUAGUUCUCUUAAAUUAUUACCCUAAAACUAACUGGUUUAAUUCUUUCCUACUCCACAUUGUUAGGCCUGCUUCUUUCAUACUUAUACAUAGUCAAACAUUAUCAUGCCUGGAAAGCCUGCAAUUUCCUUGCUCAGCGCAUCUGUUGCUAAAGCUCUUGACGGGGAGCUUAUGUCGACUGGUGCCUUUUCGGUAGAUCAGCUUAUGGAAUUGGCUGGCUUGUCGGUUUCACAAGUUGUAUACCGUGAAUAUCCCAGCUCUAGCCAUGCCAAAGUGCUAGUAUGCUGUGGUCCUGGAAACAACGGAGGCGAUGGUUUAGUAGCUGCUCGACAUCUCUGGCAGUACGGCUAUCAACCCACAGUUUACUACCCAAAACCAUCGUCACCAGACCUUUACAAGAGAUUGUGCAAGCAGCUUGAAGACCUCGACAUACCCAUCCAUACUACCCAUACUUCUGAUUUGUUUCAUCAACUUCUCAAGCAAUCCAAUCUCAUAGUGGAUUCUUUAUUUGGAUUCAGUUUUAAGGGACCUGUUCGGGAACCCUUUGGUGAGAUUCUCUCUGCCAUCGUCGAUUCUAAACUUCAUGUAGUCUCUGUCGAUGCCCCGUCCUCUUGGGAAAUUGAUGAAGGACCUCAAAAGGAAGGUCCUUUAAAAAAUUUUAAUCCAAAUGUCUUGAUUUCGCUUACAGCCCCCAAGCCUUGUUGCAAUUUCUAUAAGGGAAAGCAUUAUCUUGGUGGUAGAUUCGUGAGCAAGGCCAUUAAGGAAAAGUAUCACUUGCAAUUACCUCCUUAUCCCGGAAUGGACCAGAUUGUCGAUAUUACAGAUCAGCCUUUAGCUACAGUAUGAACUGUUUCUGCUUUAGGAUAACUCUUUCAUUUCAUACUUAGCAAAGUUAUCCCUGUUUAUGAUUUUUAUGCAUAUGAAAUAUUAAAAUUUAAUAAAGUGUUUGUUUUUACAUCAAGAUACCUCUUUUGUA